AAACCGUACAUUGUGCUCCCAGUAUCAGCGUAGCGGCCGUCGCACUAACCGCUUGUAAUUGUGAUAAUUGUGUUGUGUGUGGAGGCAGUGAGUGAGACGUACUAGCAUGCUGGACCAGGAACUACUAGCCAAGGGGGGACUGACGGAGGCGCAGCAGCAGCCACCCCCACCUCACCUCACCAACCCGUACUCGCAGUUCCAGCAAUACCAGCAGAGUAUGGCCGGCUACAACAACAUGGGCUACGGUUUCCCCGCCAUGUACGCCCAGAACGGCUACGGCUACCCACUUACGGGCUACCCACAUGCCCCUAGCCCUCCCUCAGACGUGACGGAGAAGACGGAGGGAGGUGAGGUUCGUGUGACAGCCAAGGGCAAGAAGGUCAGGAAGCCUCGCACAAUCUACUCAUCUUUGCAGUUGCAGCAGCUUAACAAGAUGUUCCAGAGGACGCAGUACCUCGCCCUGCCCGAGCGCGCUGAGCUGGCCGCCAAGCUCGGUCUUACGCAAACUCAGGUUAAGAUCUGGUUCCAGAACCGCCGGUCCAAGUACAAGAAGCUGUACAAGGCGGCCCAGAACGGCCAGCUGCCGGGUGUGGACGCGUCUGAGAUCGCUGCCGACUUGGGGGCCAACCUGUCGCAGAUGGUCUCCAAUGGGCCCGAGUCCCCCAGCUCCCCGACGCCCACGGACCACGGUCAUGAUCAGCCGCCCCCGUCCGUAGGCCCUGACGGCGGCCCACUUUCUCCCCCACCCGACGAUCGCCCACAGUCGCAGCCUCCCACGGUGUCCAGCCACGGAGAGAUGACGUCCCCCAUGAUGACCGCCCCUCGUGACAUGAUGGUGUCCCCCCCAGCCCACCCGUCCAAGGAGAUGAUGGCCAUGAACCAAGCUAUGGCGGCCUGCGAGCAGCGACGGGACCAGGCCAUGAUGCCCCCACAUCACCAGUGGGACCCCGCCCACUACAUGUCCUACUGGAACCACUACGGGGACAUGGCCGCCCACCAGAUGAAUCAUCAGAUCAUGACCUAAGCUCCCUGUCAGAGCUCCGGCAAGCGCCACCCGCAUGACCUGUGAGGUCACAUCCCCUUUCCUUGGCCUUCCCGGCACGCUUAUGAGGUAAAACUCAGCGUGGAGGGAAAGGACUGUAAUGUCUUGUGAUAACAGCGGCGACUUCCCAUCAUGAGAAGCUAAAGCAUAUGUCUGUUGUUACCUGAGGGGGCUGCGCCACCCCUUAGUCCGCGUACUAUACCUGCAGGACAACUCCCACAUGGCGACCCCCUCUCCCUUCCCCAGCCGACCUCCUCGUGUCAGCCUCUCCUGGACCCCGAAACAGCGUCCCCCCACAACUCUCUCCACACCCCCACACCGCGUCUGCCACGCCUCCGCGGCUGAGGCGGCCAUCCCUAACAUUCCAGGGUGACGUCCUCGCGUGUGUGUGUGCACCAGUAUAUGAGGUAUAGCUGUGUCUGCCACGCGUCUCCCAGCUGGUCCCUAGCUGACCCUAGCUGGCCUUACGUGAUCCCAGCUGACCCCGUAUGAUCCAACAUACCUCACGUGCGCUCCAGGUGACUUCACGUGACACCAGUUAACUCCUUGUGACCUCAGCUGUCCUCACGUGAACCCAGCAAAAUCCACAUGUGCGACCCAGCUGUCUACACGUGACCUAGAUAACCUCACGUGACCUCAACAAGUUCCAGGCGACGCAUUUGACCCCACUUGGUGCCCCAGUUAAAGCCAGGGUGGUGAUGCCUCUGUUGACCCUUACAUGGUGACCUCAAUUUAUACCCCCAGGUGCCCUAGUUAAGGACUCCAGGCGGUGCCACUGUUAUAUAAAUGACCCCCCCCCCCCAAAGGUGCCCUUGGUGUUCGGACAUUAAAAGAAGAGGCGAGAAGACCUCUUUGUUAUAACGUUAUGACGUAUGGUUAGCGUGUAAAUGAUUAUGUGACCACUUCUCCUCUUGACUCCCCCCAUAAUAAUGCAUGUUGUAUCAAUGUCUGUGUGCAAUAAACUCCUGAUCAGUCGUGUACUCCUGUGGUUAGAACGUGUUAGUGUGUUUCAUAAGGCGAAUAUCAACCCCAACCCUCAACCCCUUCAACCAUCAAACCCCAAUCAUUCCAAAUUCCUCCAAUCAUUCCAACCUCUUCAACCAUCAACCCCUCCAAACUCCUUACCCCAAAUCAUUCCAACCACUUCAACUAUCACCCCCCACCCCCUCCAAUCAUGCCAACCCCCCAAAAAUCCUUAGCGCCUCCAAACCACUCCCUCACUCGUGCCAGUCAUUCUGUUGAACCUCAAUGACGAUGUUGGAUCAAUUUUGGUCCUCCGAGACGAUUUCAGAGGGAAGGAGAAUUUUUGGGGGUCUUUCCAUUUCCCUUCCCUUCCCACCGUCUCAUCCCCAUUUUCUUCCCUGUUUCUCUUCCUCUCCUCCUUACAAAUAUCUUGUUUUUCAUCCCUUUCUUCCCUCCACUCCUGUCCUGUCCUUCAUCAACCCCCUCUCCCUUCUCAUCCUUCCUUCCUUCCUUCCUUCCAUCUUCCCUCCCUUUAUGUGAGAUCAACACUUACUCGGACACCAGAUUAAAUAAAUAUUUUGUACCUUGUAUUACCAAUCCCAGGUUUUUUUUUUAAGUUUUUUGAAUCUUUUAAUAUAAUUACCUGAUAGAAUUUUUUUUUUCGAGUUUUUUUUUAAUAGCAAGGCUUCGAGUUGACCUGUUUGUUGAGUCGAACAGCGAACGAAUCUUUCUGAUAUAUUUUUUACUUUCUAUUUAUUAUAUUCAAUUGAUCUAACAGCGAAGGAUGUCUUAAUCUCUGUAUAUACUGUAACAUAUGUAUGUGUAAAUAAACGCUGUAUAACUUAAA